UCUGUCCCCUGCAUCUCUUCAAAGACAAAGGAGGCCCUCCAUCAACACUCAGUCUCUCCACGAGCCCAUCACAAGGAGUUCCAAGAUGCCGGACACAAUCAUGUCCAAGGAGCCCACUUCCAACUUGGAGAGCGCCAUGCAGAUGCUCAUAAAGACCUUCCACAAGUACUCGGGGAAGGAGGGCGACAAGUACACGCUGAGCAGGGGUGAACUGAAGGAGCUGUUACUAGAGGAGCUGGGAAGUUACUUAGGGAGCUCCAAAGAUAAUGAAGCAGUUGAGAAGGUGAUGAACGACUUGGACGCCAACAACGACGGGGAGGUGGACUUCACUGAGUUCAUCAUUCUGAUGGGUGCUCUCACGGUCGCCUGCAACGACUUCUUCCUGGAGUACAAAACAGAUGAAAAACCCACAGGCGAGUCGGCGGAGAAGAAAGAUUGAAUCAGUGCAAGAGAGGAGGGAGAAUAGUGGGAGGGAAAGAUGGAAAGAGGGAAGGAGGAGGGAAAAUAACUGUAAAUCAAUGGAGAUAGGGACAGUUUUGCAACAGAUUUUUGUCUUAUGCAAUUUGUAAGCGCUCUAACUACACAUGACUGGAUGGCUGAGGGAAGAGUUCCAGCAGGGAGUUUGUGGGUCCACGAAAUGUGGGACAUUCAGCACAAGUAGUGUUUUCUCUCUGCAACUGUUUUUCAUACCACAGCAUAUCCGGAACUAGUUGCACUGCUCUCAGAACAGUGACUGACUACGCAUACACAACAGGGUAUAUUCAACUUUUAUCUUCUUCUAACUCAAAAUUCAACACAUUUGACAGGUUCUGGUAUGUUCUGAAUGAGGCACUGGAAGGGAAGGUAGUGUUUUGCGGAAUGCACAACAGGAUGUUUGAGAAUUUCUUGCAUAUGAGUAAUGUCAACAUAUAUUAAGUUACAGAUGAUCAUAUUAUUGUAUGUACUCAGUGUUGAAGAUGAGAAUAUAAUGUAUCCCUUUUCUUGCACCUAUUUUGUAAUCUAUUUUGGUAAUAACCAAUGCAUUCUUCAAAUUAUUAAACAUGGCAUUUAACCAAC